GUAGCGCGGCUGAGCGGGAGCCGGAGCCGGAGCCGCCAUGAACCUGCGCGGCCUCUUCCAGGACUUCAACCCCAGCAAAUUUCUUAUAUAUGCCUGUCUACUGCUUUUUUCUGUGUUGCUCUCUUUACGUCUGGAUGACAAAAUUCAGUGGAGCUACUGGGCUGUGUUUGCUCCAAUAUGGCUAUGGAAGCUAAUGGUGAUUGUUGGUGCCUCAGUGGGAACAGGAGUAUGGGCCCGAAACCCACAGUAUCGAGCAGAAGGAGAAACGUGUGUGGAGUUCAAAGCUAUGUUAAUUGCAGUAGGCAUCCACCUGCUACUGCUGAUGUUUGAAGUUCUGGUGUGUGACAGGAUCGAAAGAGGAACCCAUUUUUGGCUUCUGGUCUUCAUGCCGUUAUUCUUUGUAUCUCCAGUGUCAGUUGCGGCUUGUGUGUGGGGAUUCCGACAUGACAGAUCUUUGGAGCUGGAAAUCUUGUGUUCAGUCAACAUUCURCAGUUCAUAUUUAUCGCACUCAGAUUAGAUGAAAUCAUCAGAUGGCCGUGGCUUGUUGUUUGCGUUCCCUUAUGGAUCUUGAUGUCGUUUCUGUGUCUAGUAGUGCUCUACUACAUUGUAUGGUCUGUUCUGUUCUUGCGCUCAAUGGAUGUGAUUGCUGAGCAGAGGAGGACACACAUAACAAUGGCUGUCAGCUGGAUGACAAUUGUCGUUCCUCUGCUCACAUUUGAGAUUUUACUAGUGCACAGGCUAGAUGGRCAUAACUCUUUCUCUUUUAUACCCAUAUUUGUUCCUCUCUGGCUUUCACUGAUAACUUUAAUGGCAACAACAUUUGGACAAAAAGGAGGAAAUCACUGGUGGUUUGGAAUUCGAAAAGACUUCUGUCAGUUCCUGCUUGAAAUUUUCCCGUUCUUGCGAGAAUAUGGAAAUAUUUCAUAUGAUCUUCAUCAUGAAGACAGUGAGGAAGCAGAAGAAACACCAGUUCCAGAACCACCAAAAAUUGCACCAAUGUUCAGGAAAAAGACUGGAGUGGUCAUUACACAGAGUCCUGGAAAAUACGUGAUUCCACCUCCCAAGUUAAACAUUGAUAUGCCAGACUAAGAUGACAACAGGUUGAUACACUGGAACUGGGAAUCAGUAGACAAAUGUGUUUCAUCUCAUGCCUUGUCCUGAUUACUUAAAAAUAGCUAUUUGUGAAUCAGUGGCUUGUAUUAUAGAGGUCGGAGAUUUUUAAUAUAAUUUGAGAGCUUUACAUGUUUGUGUAAAAUCGUAUGGAAGCAAAUCAAAGUGGGAACACUAGUUCUAGUUCACAGGUGGAAACAAACUUCAUACAAAAAUGUACCCCAUGAAAUCAACAAUGUAAAAAAAUGUUAAUCCAGAGAUGGGGGCAUUAUUUGUCCUGAAUAGGGUGUUGAAGACUUCAGGCUUUAUAACGUACUUGCCAGUAGCUGAGGCCCACUGUUCAUCACCUGAGUUUUGUAGGCGUUAYGACACUUCCCCAUAGAGAUAAAUGGCUGUCUAAUUUGUGAACCUUCCCAAUGGAUUGGUUACACACUUGGCUGUAUAGUAUUUAUAUGAACAAUUUAGCAGUGUAAUAUAUUGUUUAAAAGUUUAGUCCUGUACAGUAUAAAUAUUAUGUAAAAGUAUUUUUUUAAAAAGCCUGUAUGAAAUGCCUAUGCUAUUACAGAUGUCUUUCAGGUCUUAAAUGUACACUUUAUUUUUCAAAUUUCAAGUUCCGUAUGUAUUAGUGUAGUAUCUCCUUACUUUUUUCUAUGCAGCCACAAUCAUCUUAACUACAGAGGCACAGGAGUGUUGCGUUACUCGGGCAAGACUUGAAAGCUUCUUUUUUGAAACAGAAUGUAUAACAGCUUACAUAAUAUUUUUUUUGUUAGCUAUGUAAAUUAUUAUGUACAUAUUCCAACUUUUGCACUGGCUGGGGGACUAAGUGUUGCUGGCUUCAUGUUCUAAUUUUCCUUAAGCAACACCUAUACCAUUCUCCCAUUAUUUUGUCUGUUCAAUAAACUGU